AUGCCUACGAAUGCGGCCUCCAACGAAUUUGACGAAGCCGCUUUUAAUAAAGAAUUUGUUCGCUGUGUGCUGAGGAUUAUGCCGGUGAAGAAAUCUGAGAAUGUCGGAGAGAAGUGUGUUAGAUUUGUCGGUUUCUAUCUACGACAUUCUAACGACAAGGACAACGAGAUCUUGGGUGAUGUUGAGGGAGACACCAGUUUAAUGCCGGAAACGCCAAGCACAAGACUCACGUCAAAAAUCCUUGAAGAGGUCCUGCCAUUGAUGACAGCUAAAGAUAAAUUCGUCCGGUAUCGAUCGACACAACUUAUAUCACAUAUUAUCAACUCUUUAGAUGCUAUUGAUGACGACCUGUUCCAGAAGCUCCGCCAUGGCUUACUCAAACGGAUUCGCGACAAAGAGGCCAUGGUGCGGUCCCAAGCUGUGCUUGGUCUCGGCCGUCUUGCUGGCAAUCAAGCCGAAGGCUGUACCAACUCGGAAGACAGUGAUAACGACCAAGGAACGGAUUUGCUGGGCAAGCUUCUCGAGGUCAUGCAGAACGACCCUAGUGCUGAUGUGCGACGGUCCUUGCUUGUAAAUCUUCCAAUUCUUCCCAACACUCUUCCAUUUUUGCUCGAGAGGGCUCGAGAUCAAGAUGCUGCUACCCGAAGAGCAGUUUACUCCCGUCUUCUACCGGCUCUGGGUGAUUUUCGACAUCUCUCGCUCUCCAUGAGAGAAAAGCUUCUUCGAUGGGGUCUCCGGGAUAGAGAUGAUAAUGUUCGUAAGGCGGCUGGUCGGCUCUUCAGGGAACGAUGGAUCGCGGAUUGCGCCGGAAUUUCUCAGCAAGAUGAUGGCACUUCGGAAGAAGCUGUGCCCAUUAGUUUUGAUGGCUUGUUGGAAUUAUUAGAGCGCAUCGAUGUGAUCAAUUCUGGAGUCGAGAAUGGUGUGGCCCUCGAGGCCAUGAAAGGAUUUUGGGAGGGCCGUCCGGACUAUCGGGAGGCAGUCACGUUCGACGAUAAUUUUUGGGAAACACUUUCUGCUGAGUCUGUUUUCAUGGCCAGGAGCUUCAACGACUUCUGUCGCAGCGAGGGUGGCGGACGAUACGAGUCGCUGGUCGAAGAGAAGCUACCUGAAGUGACCAAACUCGCUUUCUACCUUGGGCGCUACAUGGACGCUCUCAUCGAGGCUCUUAAGAGGGCAAGCCAGCCUGCUGCAGAUGAAGAGGAGGAGGAAGAUACCGUCGAGCAGGAGUUCAUUAUUGAGCAAAUGCUUCAUAUUGCCCUGACUCUUGAUUACUCCGAUGAAGUUGGUCGAAGAGAAAUGUUUAGGCUGCUGCGGCAGUCCCUAUCGAUUCCGGAGCUCCCGGACGAAGUCACCAAACUUACCGUCGAAGUAUUGCAGUAUAUCUGCGCUCCAGACGCCGCCGGUGAGCGUGAGUUCUGCAGCAUUGUCCUCGAGUCUGUUGCAGAUGUUCAUGACACCAUAGUCGAUGAUCCCCUUGCGGAUGAACGUGACGAUAGUUUCCACUCUGCGAAGUCAGAAGUGAGCCGUGGUAGCACACCUACCAAUGACAAGAAGAGAGGCAAUGAUUCCGAGUUAAGUGAAGAAGAUGCUCGAGAGAAGGCAGUUAGGGAAAUUGUUGUCAAUAUGAAGUGCCUCCACAUCGUUCAAUGCAUGUUGACCCAUGUGGCUGGUAAUCUGAAGGAUAACGCCGAUCUGGUUUCGAUGUUGAACAAUCUUGUGGUCCCAGCUGUGCGAAGUCAUGAAGCGCCUGUACGAGAGAGAGGCUUGGUAUGCUUGGGCUUGUGCGCACUGUUGGAUAGAUCCCUGGCUGAAGAGAAUCUGGGAUUGUUCAUGCAUUUCUUCAAUAAGGGGCACCCAGCCUUGCAGAUCACGGCUUUGCACAUAUUGACGGAUAUUUUAAACGUACACGGUGCUCAGCUGCUAUCAUCUACCCCUGGUUUACUCAAAGUCUACGUCAAAGCUGUCAAAGGCGGAGGCAAGGCACCAGAAGUCCAAGCCGCGGCAACUGUGGCCGCGUCAAAGUUGUUGCUCGGCAGAGUUGUGAGCGAGCAAGAUGCAUGCGAGGAGCUUUUGAAAGCACUUGUUGUUGCGUAUUUCGAUCCUUCUUCUGCGACCAACCAUACUGUUAGGCAGGCAUUGAAUUAUUUCCUUCCAGUAUUCUGUUAUUCGCGUACAGCCAACCAGGAUCUGAUGCAGGCCAUUUCCUUGCAGGCGUUACAUUCUCUGCUGAACUUGCGUGAAGGCCUAGAGGAUGACGACGUUGACGUAGGAGAAGACAUGCUUAGCAUGACUACUAUUGGUGCCUGCCUGGUAGACUGGACAGACCCAAGGAAAUGUUACACUCCUGGGGCUGCCUUGGAUACGGAGAAGAAGAAUGUAAACGGCGAUGUCCAUCUCCGUCUUGGCCAGGAUAUUAUGGAGAAAUUGCGAAGCAAUGUCAACAAAGAAGAAAAGAAGCUGGUAGCUGGUCUUCUAGGCAAACUCUACAUCUCACCAGGAUCAUCAGAGGCUAUGAUCCGAGACCUAUAUGCAGAUGUAAGCGAGGCUGUUGAAGAAGGUCUGCUUAGUGAUGCCACAAGCCGCAAUGCGUUGUACAAGAUCCACGUCAGCCUGGGCAAGAUUGUCAAUACACUCGACGAGCAGCAACCAUCCAACAGGCGUACCAGCCGUAGUGUGUCUGUUGCAGCCACGGAUAGACAGGCAGCAGAAGACAGGACAGUUUUGGAGGAGCCCAAGAUCAAAGAGGAAGAGUUGAAUGAUAGUGACGAGGGCACCGUCGUGCUGAAGAAGGAUGACAAGGAAUCAGCGACAGACGAUGCAUCAUCAGACGAGGAAGAUACCAAGAUGGAGACUGCUUAA